UCCCCCAUAAACCCUCAAACGAUUCUCCUCCUUUUCGUCACCCCCCUUCUGACUACAAUGAAUCUCUCAACCCUCGGCCUGGAGCCUAGCCUACUCUCUUCUCCGGCGGAUUCCUACCGGAGCAGGGCGCUGGGUUUGAGUGGGGCUUACAAUUGUAGGCUACUUCAGGUGCAUCAAAGGAAGAGAACUUCUUCUUCCUCAUUUAUUUCUUGUCCAGCAAAGCCUGUUGCUCAGUCAUCAGCGGCGCUGAAGGAGGUGAACGAGUCAGGACUGAGUCGUAUUGAGUCACUGAGUCAGGUAUCUGGCGUGUUGGGUUGCCAAUGGGGCGACGAAGGAAAAGGAAAGCUCGUUGAUAUUUUGGCCAAGCAUUUCGAUAUUGUUGCUCGUUGUCAGGGUGGAGCCAAUGCUGGGCACACUAUUUAUAAUUCAGAGGGAAAGAAAUUUGCUUUGCACCUUGUUCCUUCAGGUAUUCUCAAUGAGGAAACUGUAUGUGUUAUUGGUAAUGGAGUUGUGGUGCAUCUACCAGGAUUAUUUAAAGAAAUUGAUGGUCUUGAAUCUAAUGGAGUCUCUUGUCAAGGAAGGAUCUUGGUAUCUGAUCGUGCUCACUUACUAUUUGAUUUUCACCAAGUAAUAGAUGGGCUUAGAGAAGCUGAGUUGGCUAAAUCCUUUAUUGGCACCACCAAGAGAGGCAUUGGGCCUUGCUAUUCAAGCAAGGUUGUUCGAAAUGGCAUAAGAGUAAGUGAUUUAAGGCAUAUGGAUACUUUUCCUCAGAAGCUUGAUCUUUUGCUAUCAGAUGCAGCUUCAAGGUUCAAAGGUUUUAAUUAUGGCCCUGACAUGCUCAGGGAAGAAGUGGAACGCUACAAGAAAUUUGCUGAGAGGUUGGAACCCUUUAUCACAGAUACUGUACACUUCAUGAAUGAUGCUGUAUCUCAGAAAAAGAAGAUUUUGGUUGAAGGUGGUCAAGCGACUAUGUUGGACAUAGAUUUUGGAACAUACCCUUUUGUGACAUCCUCCAGUCCAUCAGCCGGUGGAAUCUGCACAGGUCUUGGCAUUGCUCCCCGAGUUGUUGGUGAUCUCAUCGGUGUGGUUAAGGCAUACACUACUAGAGUUGGUUCUGGUCCUUUCCCAACAGAAAUCUUGGGUAAAGGUGGUGACCUUCUUCGAUUUGCCGGGCAGGAGUUUGGCACGACGACUGGUCGCCCCCGUCGUUGUGGCUGGCUAGACAUAGUUGCACUGAGAUAUUGCUGUCAGAUAAAUGGAUUUGCUUCUUUGAACCUAACAAAGCUUGACGUGUUGUCAGAUCUUUCAGAAAUUCAGUUGGGUGUUUCCUACAGACUGCCAGAUGGUACACCAGUUGAAUCAUUUCCUUCUGAUCUUCGUCUACUUGAUCAAAUCAAGGUGGAAUAUGAAGUCUUGCCUGGCUGGCAGACUGAUAUUUCUUCUAUCAGAAAUUAUUCAGAAUUACCUAAGGCUGCCCGUGAUUACGUAGAAAGGAUAGAAGAACUUGUUGGAUUACCUAUCCAUUACAUUGGUAUUGGGCCUGGUCGUGACGCUCUCAUCUACAAGUGAUCUCAGUGAAUUGGUCAUAUUGUCAUGAUCUUAUUCUUCAAUGUGCUGGUAGAAGUAAUGCCCUUCUGUGUGGCAGAACUUUUGCUAACCUCUGGAUUAUCUAUUUAGAAUGACCUCGAUGAAAUUUUCAUCUUCAAAGCUAUAUUUCAUUUCUCUCCUUCCCCCUGUAUGCGAUGCUCCUGAAGGGGUAUGCAGCUGAAAAUUUGCCACCUGCUUGCCUGGAGAGAUGUUUAAACUGGCGGCUUACUCAACAAAACAAAUGGUGUUCCAGUUUUCGUCCUUCAUAUUUUUGAAUGUUCCCUACGAUUUCUCCUU